AUCUUCCGUUUUUUGUUCUUCAAUCGUCACGUUGGUGUGCUGUACUCUUGCCUGAGUAUCUCGGCAGACGGCAGAUGCGAAGAGCGUGCAAUCUACGUGGUUUCCCGACAUGAGUCAAUCGAUCAUGCCGAACUGAUCGUGCUGGAGAAGGUUGCUAAAGCGGUCUGUGUGGACCCUCAUGUACUCUAUCACACCGCCACUUUCGAUGAAUGUGUCUACGAUCAUGCUCAUCUGCGUCCACCUCUGUGUAGCACUGUUGACGUCGAAUCGUCAGUAGCCGAAUGGGAACAUCUGAAUGCUGAUCAGAUUAUGGUUCAUGGGCUAGGCAUUCAUGUACGUACUGAUGAGAACAAUCUUUGCAUG